AUGUAUGGGAACUAUACCAUGGUGCUCUCACUCUCAUCUUGUGGGGCCGGUGCUGUUAUAAACUUGAGUGCUUUGAAAACCUACGUUGGCUUCUCACCCAAGAAAUAUCUUACUUGUAAAAGAAGCAAUAUAGCUGUAAGCAAUCAAGGGAUUAAGGCAACCGCAAGCGCUUCCGCUGCAGUCGCGGCGACUGAGCCACUGACUAAAGAAGAUCUCAUGGCCUAUUUUGCUUCUGGAUGCAAACCAAAGGAAAUGUGGAGAAUAGGUACAGAACACGAGAAAUUUGGUUUUGAGGUCAAGACGUUGCGUCCUAUGAAAUAUGAACAAAUAACUGCAUUGCUGAAUAGUAUUGCUGAGAGAUUUGAUUGGGAUAAGGUAACGGAGAAUGGGAGAACUAUUGGUCUGAAACAGGGAAGGCAAAUCAUAUCAUUAGAACCAGGAGGCCAACUAGAGCUAAGUGGAGCACCAUUAAAAACUUUGCACCAAACUUGUGAUGAGCUCCAUUCACAUAUAUAUCAAGUGAAAACUGUUGCUGAGGAAUUAGGAAUUGGUUUCUUAGGAAUCGGUUAUGAACCUAAAUCUAGCCUCGAUGCUGUAGCUACUGCGCCCAAGGUUCCUUCCUCCACAAGCAUAUUAUUGAGAAGGUUUGACAUAAUAAGAGACUACUUAGUGAGAUUUGUCUCAUCAGAUCCCGACGACGUGAUGCGAAGAACGUGUACUGUCCAGGUCAAUUUAGACUAUAGCUCAGAAACCGAUAUGAUCAGGAAGUUUCGCGCUAGUCUAGCUUUGCAACCUAUGGCGACAGCUCUAUUCGCAAAUUCCCCUUUUAGUAAUGGAAAGCCAAAUGGGUUUCUAAGUAUGAGGAGCCAUUUAUGGAUAGAUGCCAUUAAAAACCGCACAGGAAUGAUACCUUUUGUGUUCCAUGACUCAUUCGGGUUUGAGAGAUAUGUUGACUACGCACUUGAUCUUCCAAUGUGCUUCUUACAUCGUAACAAAAGCUAUCUCAACUGCAGAGGAAUGACAUUUCGGGAUUUCUUGUCCGGGAAGAUUUCUCAUCUCUCUCAUGAACAAGCCACUAUUAACGAUUGGCAAAAUCAUAUAGGAACAGCAUGGCCAGAGGUUGAUUACUCGGUUUCAAGAACACCAUAUCGUUUGAAAUCCACUGUGGGUUUGCUAUACGAUGAGGAGUCUCUCCAAACUGUUCUUGAUAUGAUAUCUGAUUGGACUCCUGAAGAAAGAGAAAUGCUUAGGACACAAGUUCCAAUCACUGGCCUAAAGACAAAUUUUAGAUAUGGUUCUUUGCAACAUGUCGCAGAAGAUGUCCUAAAGCUAGCAAAGGAUGGUUUGGAGCGUCGAGGGUACAAUGAAACCGGUUUCUUAAACGCUAUCGCCGAGGUGGUUAAAACAGGGGUUACGCCUGCAGAGAAGCUCUUGGAGUUGUACAAUGGAGACUGGGGACAAAGCGUUGAUCCUCUAUUUCAGGAAAUGAAGUAUUAA